AUAUAUACAGAUUUGAUGUCUUCUCAACCACAGUUCGGAACCUCUGAUUUCGCGCCAUCUGAAUUCAAACGUUCGAGACUUGCAGAGAACUUCAAACAGUAUCGCAGUAUAUCCCCCCACACUUCCGUAGAAAAACGCUACAUCGUGCCUGCAUUGAAAGGUGCAGUGAGAGAAACAGAAGGGUUAAUUGUGUGUCAGUUUGUACCUAAUUUUCCGAGACAUGUAACGAAUAAUAGUGACGAGGUUACAAUGCAAGACGAUAUUUUCCCGGCUGCAGAGAAAAUCCUAUCCGACAUCGAAAAUGUGGUGAAGAAGAAUCCGUCACUGAAAAGUUUCGAAAUAAUCCCCGCGGAAGACAAUGAGAACAAAUCACCUGUAUUCCAUCAGGAGGACUGCCUUGGGUUGGCGUCGUGGUGCGUGCAACCGCUGUACUGCUACGCUUACCGUCGACUCUUCGAACUUCGACAAAAUAAACACAGACGCGAGGAGCCAAGCACAAUAGCAAGAUGGUUGUUGGGCGCAUUGUUAUUGAAUCCGAAUGUUACAACAUUUUGGAACAUGCGACGGGAGCUGGUAAGGAGUCACAAAUUGGAAGCAUCCGAGGAAUUCUUUUUCUCACGAUUGGUGCUCUACCAUAAGCCGAAAUGUUUCGAGGCGUUCGCCUAUCGACGGUGGUUACUGUCGUACAUAUUGAACAGUAAGGACGGACAUUACGAUCCAGAAUCUGUGGAAUCGCCACUCUGUAGGGAAUUGGAUAUAGCGACUACGUGUGCGGACAGAUACGCGAGUAACUAUCACGCCUGGAGUCACAGGCGUCAUGUAAUUACUCUUCGUGAAUCCCGUGGAUUUGCUUACCCAACGUUGGAAACAGAAUGGAAGAACUCACUGGCCUGGUGUCAACGACAUGUUUCGGAUUACAGUGGGCUUUCCUAUCGACAGUUCCUGCUGAAUAAGUACAUGUUUGAGUUGAAGGAACUACCGAGGGAAUCGUUUAUAAAGUGCCCGGACGUCGGGGAGCAAUGGAAAGAGGAACUAUUUGCUUACAUUAAAUCGAACAUCAGUGAUACAGGGGACAUGCAUCAAUUGCAGAGGUUAUACGACUGGAUGAAUGCGGAAUUCAGGGCGAUAACUUCGUCGAGAAGGAGACAACGUCAGACAACGUAUUUCCGUGCUUUGUCAUAUUGGCUGGAGGAAUGCCGUGCGAAUGACAGUGCCAUUUGCACAUACAACGAUCACGAGGCACUAUGGUGUCACCGUAGAUUCCUGGCGUAUCUUCUCUUGCGUUUCAUGGCGUCGAAUCAUUCUUAUCACGAGGACGAGUAUGCUGACGGCCGAUCUGUCGACGAAUCAGCCGAGAGAAAGAAUGUUCAAAAGUCGUUGACGAACGAUGUGACCGUGUGCCAUGAUUUUCUCGUGCAAGCGUUUCGCGCGCGCACCAACAAGAUCGCUGAUCUCGCUACCAAACGGGAUCAACACGAGAAGAUGCUGGUCGAGAGGUUCUUUAAAUUUCUUCAAAGUAUUGGGUUCGAGAUUAGAUCGUGAUCUUGUUGAGCCAAGGUUCUAUUUUUGCACGGCGGAUAUAACGUAUGCGCAAUAAUCGACAUGCAUCGAUAUGCCACUGUAAAAAUCACGCAAUAACUCUCUUAUUUCUGUAUUCCACGCAGACGUUAUUCCUAGGCGUAUUACUCUAUCCACGAAUUGUAUCUCAAUAGUGCUCUCUCGUCUGAUCUGUUUGCGCGGCAAACUCUAUACGCGUAAAUCAGUGCUGUCCACGGGAGGGGCCCCUUGUACGACUUUGUCCCCCUUUAUGUGUCAUCGUUACGAGAGGAACGAGAGCUCGGAAAGAGAUGAAGUAUGAUUUCUUUCUCUUCCCAACUCGCUUUUAAAACAAACGGAUAUAUAGGCGAGAAACUCGUGUUAGUCGCGCGCGUACAAUGUAGCACACGAGAGACAGAGUCAGAGAGAUAUUCUUUACGCCCUGGAGUUGAAGUUGGACAGCACUGUUGUAUAAAUGAUAUAGAAUCAUUUACGAUAACGCAAGAUCUAAUGUACAAUGUAGAUGAAAAAUGGAAUGAGUAACGAUACUUAUUUUUGAGACAUUUACCGUGUAUUGUUUAAGAGAAUUUUCAAUAACCGUGCACGAUAUGUCGUAUCGUGAUAAUUGACGAAGAAAAAUGAGAUACCGGAUGUUGGACAACGUUUGAUUUUCUAAGCGUUGUUCUACGAUUGCAUGGUGAAGAGAGCGAGAGAGAGAGAGAGAAAGAGAGAGAGAAAAAGUGUCUUUUGAGGCUAUAGGGAAAUAUUAUCACGCGAUAAAUAUGUGUAUAGUCGAACGUUGAUAAAGUAUGAGAUAAAAGAAGAAGAAAAAAAAAAAUGUUAGUUUUGUAACCAUGUGUUUUUAGUCACCUUAUAUGUAGAAUAGCGGAGGUCCGCGAAUGCAGGCCAUUUACAUCGUCAGGCCAAUUGUUUUAACGCCACUAGUACGUAUGCGACAUUGGCCACGUUGUCCUCCUUUGGCACGACAAUCUGACCAAAAAUAAACCUUUGGACUUUUGACUGAAUUUCUCUUCAGUCUACCGGGAACGGUCGUUGAACGCGUGUGAUCGUCAGAUUUUUCGUCCACCAAGUCCUAUAACUUCCGUUUCAUUGUUACAUGUUAAUAAAGGUCAGUGAACCCUGUCGACAAC